GGCGGGAGGAGGGGACGACUUCGGGCGCGGGGAGGGGGCGCUCUGCUGUGGGGCCAUGACCGAGCCCGGAAGCCCGGAGCCCGAGACCCGGGCUUGCAGCCCCGGUGCCGCCGCCGCCAUGGCCGCCCCGCAGCUCUUCCGCGCGCUGGUGUCGGCGCAGUGGGUGGCCGAGGCGCUGCGGGCCCCGCGCGCGGGGCCGCCGCUGCAGCUGCUCGACGCCUCUUGGUACCUGCCCAAGCUGGGCCGCGACGCGCGCCGUGAGUUCGAGGAGCGCCACAUCCCCGGCGCCGCCUUCUUCGACAUCGACCAGUGCAGCGACCGCACGUCUCCCUACGACCACAUGCUGCCCAGCGCGGCGCACUUCGCCGAGUACGCGGGCCACCUGGGCGUGGGCGCCGACACCCACGUCGUGGUCUACGACGCCAGCGACCAGGGCCUCUACGCCGCGCCGCGCGUCUGGUGGAUGUUCCGCGCCUUCGGCCACCGCACCGUGUCGCUGCUCGACGGCGGCUUCCGCCACUGGCUCCGCCUGGGGCUCCCGCUGAGCUCGGGCAAAAGCCGCCCGGCGCCCGCCGAGUUCCGCGCCUCGCUGGACGCCGCCUUCGUCAAGACGUACGAGGACAUCAAGGAGAACCUUGAAUCCCGCCGUUUCCAGGUGGUGGACGCCCGCGCCGCCGGCCGGUUCCGCGGCACUGAGCCCGAGCCCCGAGACGGCAUCGAACCUGGCCACAUCCCCGGCACCGUGAACAUCCCCUUCACGGACUUCCUGACCCAGGAGGGCCUGGAGAAAAGCCCCGAGGAGAUCCGCCAUCUGUUCCAGGACAAGAAGGUGGAUUUGUCCCGGCCACUGGUGGCCACGUGUGGCUCGGGCGUCACAGCCUGCCACGUGGCACUGGGUGCCUACCUCUGUGGCAAGCCCGACGUGGCCAUCUACGACGGCUCCUGGGUGGAGUGGUACAUGCGCGCCCAGCCAGAGGAAGUCAUCUCCGAGGGCCGGGGGAAGACCCACUGAGCCUGGGCAGGACGCAGGAGGCAGCGGCCAGCCUGGUUGUUCCGACUCUGCCUUGACCAAGAAGCGUGUUUCUUCCGACAAGUCAGGGGGCGCAUAGGGUGACAUCCCGCUGGCUUGUGCGCUCCCGAUGGAGGCAGGAGAGAAGAGGGGGGGGCACAGAGGAAGACAGCUGCCCCACAUGCCGAGCUGGGGUCCUGCCUCCCUUCUGUUUUCCUGUCGAGGAAAUAAAACAGCAAAGUGCUAAAUCCUUCUAA